UGAAGGACAUCACUGGACCCUUGCUGGAUCCUCUUCAGUUUGCCUACAGAGCAAACAGGUCUGUGGACGAUGCAGUAAACAUUGGACUGCAUUAUGUUCUGCAACACCUAGACAGACCGGGGACUUAUGUGAGGAUCCUGUUUGUGGACUUCAGCUCGGCCUUCAACACGAUCAUCCCAAACCUCCUCCUGCCCAAACUAAAUCAGCUCUCCGUGCCCACCUCCGUCUGUCAGUGGAUCAACAGCUUCCUGACAGACAGGCAGCAGCUAGUGAGGCUGGGAAAAUACACAUCCAGCACCCGUACAAUCAGCACCGGAGCUCCCCAGGGCUGCGUUCUCUCCCCACUGCUCUUCUCCCUGUACACCAACGAUUGCACAUCUAAGGACCCCUCUGUCAAGCUCCUGAAGUUUGCAGAUGACACCACACUCAUUGGCCUCAUUCAGGACGGUGACGAGUCUGCUUACAGACAGGAGGUAAAAGAGCUGGCUGUCUGGUGCAGUCUCAACAACCUGGAGCUUAACACGCUCAAAACAGUGGAGAUGAUCGUGGACUUCAGGAGAAACCCCCCUGCACUCCCCCCACUCACCAUCAUGAACAGCCCUGUGACUGCAGUGGAGUCAUUCAGGUUCCUGGGAACCACCAUCUCUCAGGACCUGAAGUGGGACAUUCACAUUGACUCCAUCGUAAAAAAGGCCCAGCAGAGGUUGUACUUUCUCCGCCAGCUGAGGAAGUUAAACCUGCCACAGGAGCUGCUGAAACAGUUCUACUCCACCAUCAUUGAAUCCAUCCUCUGCACUUCAGUAACUGUCUGGUUCAGCUCAGCUUCUAAAUCUGACCUCAGAAGACUACAGAGGGUAGUCCGGACUGCUGAGCGAAUCAUCGGUUCAACUCUCCCAUCUAUUCAAGAACUGUACUUAUCCAGAGUGAGAAAAAGGGCUGUCAAAAUCACUCUGGACCCCUCACAUCCAGCACACUCCCUCUUUGAACUGUUGCCAUCUGGUCGACGCUACAGAGCACUGAGCACUAGAACGACCAGACACAGGACCAGUUUCUUCGCUCAGGCAAUCCAUCUUAUGAACAGCUGACAAUAAUGGCGAACACACUACACUUUAUAUUUAUAUACACACACACUUUAUUUAUCUAACACACAUACUUAGUAUACACUUAAAUUUUGCACACAAUAUAUAUGUACAUACAUAACUUCACUUUGUAAUAUACCUGCCUACAAUUGUCAUUUGUAUAUUGUCAUUCACUGUCUACAUAUUUGUAUUUUUUAUUCUUUUAUUAUGUGUUUUAUGUUCUGUCGCUGUCACUCUGUUGUACUGCGGAGCUUCUGUCACGAAAACAAAUUCCUCGUAUGUGUAAACAUACCUGGCAAUAAAGCUCAUUCUGAUUCUGAUGUUACUGAAAUACAGCGAAAUGAUCUGAUACUGUGGACAUUUAUACUUCCGAAUUCAGAGGCUCGUGUUGCUGAAAUCUAUAAACAGAUUGUCUCUGUGUAUGAUAAUAAAGAGAAUAAUGAGAGAUUCAGAGACAGACUAAAGAUAGAUGAGCAGACAGGAUCUCUGACCAUCACAAACAUCAACAAAUUACACUCUGGACUUUAUAAACUACAGAUAAUGAAUGGAGAUGUCAAACACAAGAGCUUCAAUCUUGCUGUCUAUGCUCUACUGACUGUUCCAGUCAUCAGUGAUUUUCCUCAAAGCCCUUCAGUAUCAGAAAGAUCAUCAGGUCAGAAUUGUUCACUGCUGUGUUCAGCUGUGAAUGUGAGUCAUGUGACUCUCUCCUGGUACAAAGGAAACAGUUUAUUGUCCAGCAUCAGUGUGUCUGAUCUCAGCAUCAGUCUCUCUCUACCUCUGGAGCUUGAGUGUCUGGAUGAUUCCUACAGCUGUGUUGUGUCUUAUUCAUUCACUAACCAGACUAAACAUCUCAACACCACUGAUCUCUGUCGACCAUGUCCAGAUGGUCAGUCUGAGUCUGUCAAACAUCUAAUGAUUGCUAUUAUAAUACUGCUGCUGCUGCUGCUAGUGAUCUCAGCUUCAGCUGUGUUGAUGUCCAGUCGCAGGAGACGCAAACAAUCAACACAAGAAACUCGGACUACUGUGGAAGAGGUGGAGUAUACUGAUGCCAUGAUUACUACAAACAAAGCUCAAGAUUCGGAGACUACUGGACAGAAUCAGACAGAGUAUUCAGAGGUGUCUUUCAGAUGAUGAUCAUUCAGACUGUAUUAUUAUAAAGCUCAUCUUAUUACAGGCCAGAGCAUUUUGGAGCAAAUAUCAGAAUGUAACAAAGCUUCAAGUCUCAAAGUUGAACUGUAAAUCUACUGGUUGUGGCAUUGUUUACUACAAAUGAUACAAGUACUUGAUGAAGAGAAUUUGAUCCUUAACAAGAAAAAAUACUAGAAUUGUAGAGUUUACACAACAGGCAACCUUUCACUUAAUUUAAUUUCUGACCUCAAUCUUGUCUGCGGCUGCACAGCUUCAUACCUUACACAGUAUAAUCAUGUCUAGACUUGAGUUUAGCUGGUUUGUGUAGUAUAAUUUUCACACCCAUCCAAGUGAUUCAUAUCCUAGUUCUGAUUAUAGAACAAUAGUCAUGAAAAACUGGGCAAAAAUAGCUCAAAAGAAAGAAAGUCUCGCUUGGGACACCAGCAUUCUUCACCGCUGCACAUUUGAGUUUAAGUUUAUGUCUUCUGUUACACUUAACACUUGCAGUCAUACACAUCAUACAUCCAUGCAUUUGCCCUACACUACUGAUAUUGACAUUAACACAUCCCAUAUGUGGGUUUUGUUGUUCAGACUUGUGUUGGAUACACAAUUAAUUUGCCUUUUGCACCGUUUGAUUGUGGCAUGGUCUCCUAUCGCUUGUUAUGGCUCUGAGUUAGUCGUAAAACACAUCACCCUGUAGCUCAAGACUAAUCACACACUGAAGCUAAACUUCUUGAAAGAAUAAAAAAUAUUCAAUUAAACUAUUUGUAAUAGGUUUUAGCAUUUGUCCUGAAGCAUACUGGCAGUUCCUGCCCCUUUUGCAGGUUUGUUCUAAUGUUUUUAUUGUGUUGUAAUGUCAAUGGCUGUAGAAAAAUAAAUACACUACAACAUA